AUGACGAAGCUGCUGUUGGCCGCCACGGCCGCGGCCGCCAACGCGUCGAUCCAGCGACCGGACAGUGCGCACAACUCGGUGCAAUAUAGCUAUAAUCCAACGCCCUCUCCUAUUCAAUAUGGUUCCCCCGGUACGCCCGGUGCUUCCGGUUCCCUAGGUCAUAUUCCCAAAACUAACAACACCUCGCCAACGCCGGCAGCGACCGCAUGGUCGUUACGACAGCCUCAACCCGUUACCGAAGGUUACCAGUACAGCGAGCUCAGUCCAAACAGAUCGCCAACGGGGCCCACGUACACGCAGCUUAGUGCGACCGGAUCGCGGCAACCCUCAACUUAUACACCGUCCGCCGGACAACCCGGCAUUUGGAGCGGCUGGCAGGCGCACCAUCCAGCGGCACCGGAACCGAUGCAAACGAGCAGUAGUAGCGGGGCUGCCCCUGGAGCCGGCGGCAGCAGCAGUAGUAGCAACAGUGCACCCCAGGACAUCCCGCCGGAGCACAUGCAACAGCAUCAGCAGCAUCAUCCGCACCUGCAGCAACAUCACGGUGGCCAUCAUCCUGCACAGCAUCAUCCGCACCAUGCGGCACACCACGCGGCAGCAGCAGCCGCAGCCCAUCACCACCAUCAGGUGCACCAUCCGGGCCACCAUCAUCCGGGGCAGCACCACCCGGGCCAGGGUCACGAACUGUCCGAGAUGCUGCAGAUGCUGGACCAGAGCAAUGCGACCUCCUUCGAAGAUCUGAACAUUCACAUGUUCAACACUCCGUUCGAAUGAAAUUUGCUGUACUACGGUUAUAAUAGCUAUAACCAGUCGACGGCGGCCGCGGCCUAUCAUGGUGGGGGCGGAGGAGGAGGAGGAGGUGGUUCCGGUGGAGGCGGGAUCAGCAGUGGCCACGGAGUAACGUCGUCGGCUACCGGGGUUAAUAGUGGCGGCAACAGCAGCAGCAGUAGUAGCAUUAGCGGAUUGGUGACUGGCUUUACCAAUGGGAACGGCCUGACGACCACGGUCGGUGGGCUGGGCAGCGGUUUCGGCGGCUACAUCAAUGAUCAGCUGUAAAUAUGUAGGAGGAAGGACGCAGAGACGCGUGUAAAUGUAAAUGAGAUGAGAAAACUUUUUUAUAUUAUAAUUACCAACUUACACCCCCCAAAACACAAAGUCACGCUCAAUAGAUGUCGUCACCAUUCCACUGAAGAAAAAAAAAACGGAGGAAAUCAAACAUUUUAUCAACAUCUCCUUGGAAGCUAACAUUUAAAUAAUUCGCGUAGAUUUCCUAACAAUCUUAUUAAAUCUGGAGAGAUCUGCCAAAUGACCUGAUUAGACGACAUUCAGUUGGAAAGCUUAGAAACAGAAAGAAACGCAAAAAUGAACGCAAAUUCAACGAACGCCACUAGAUAGGCAAUUGAUUAGAUUAAACGAGAAAAAAGGCAAGACAAGCAACAAAUGAAAUGUGCCGUGAUUGAGCUGUCGACUGUUACACCGACUAGGUCGUCCUACGAAUAGGUACUUGUUUUGUUUAAGAACCAAUUCUGUCCGCGCGUGCUCAUAUCCACUUCUACCAAGCAGCAAUAGAUGUUUGUGAACAAAAAAAUAUGUUCGUUCUCAAUGAAUAGUUUUCGAUGUAUGGUUUUUUCAUUUUUAGUAAUAUUUUACGAAAAAUUGUUUAUCCCCCGCAGAAAAUUUAGCGAAGUAUCUAGGCAAGUGAAAAGGGACGAAUCUGGCGAAGAAAAGUUUCUUCGAAGAAACAUCGACUAGAAAGUGGUACAUUUUACGGAAACAAAAUUUUCAAAUUCUUCAAUGCAGAAACGAAUGCUUCGAACAGCUGUGUGGAUAAUUUUGUAAAAAAAGUAUUCAAUUACGAUUCCGAUUUUAUUUCUCAGAAAGCAAAAGCUAUAUCAUCACAGACGUUUACAAAAAAAAAAAUCGCAAACGAAAAAUUCAAAUAUUUCGAACAAACAGCACCAAACGCAUUCGUUGGAUAAACAUUAAGAAAUUAUUAAACUGUAAGAGAAUGCAUGGCAAAGAAUAGAAAAGUGAAAGCGAGAUUGAGAUGAAGAAGGAAGAAAUCUUUUUGCUAGGUCUAACGAUUAUGUAAGUUAAAUUUUAUUUUAAUAAAAGAAAAAAACCGGACAAAAUUCAUCAGAGGAAAAUUAUUAAACUAUACAUAGGUAAAACAUUUCGCUACGAUUAACUAUUAAGAAACCGAAGAAUUCGUUUAUUGUAUAGACACACAGCAGAGGAUAUAAAGGAUUAGAAGGAAACCAUUGAGCUAGUUUAGUUUAAGUAAAGAAAAAGUGUAAAGAUUCCUAAUCAGUUUUCUCCGCAUCAGCGCAGCAAUAGGACAUAAUUUAAUAUAUCAUGCUCGUGAAACAUAGUUUGAAAAUAAAUUCAUCUUCCUCCACAUUUUUGUGAACGCAACAACAACAACCAAUAACAAUAGUUUAAAAAAAAAAUAGAACACAAGAAAGUAACGACGAUUGCCAUCCGGGAAUGAGUUCAGUUUUUUUUAAGUUUGAUCGACUCCCUCCCGGCAACCACUAACUGAUAAAUCUGUACAGAAGCAACUACCAUAUAAAAGCAAGAAUGCAAACAAGAGUGAUCCGAAAUGCUCCGAAUCCGAGCGGCCGGCUGAGCUCUUAACCCCAGACAGACUCAUGACAAGUCAAGCAUUUAGUUUAGAAAAAAAAACCGACAGCAGCCAAGCGAAUCAUAAUUUAUUUGUAAAGUAGUUAAUUUGUCCAACCCCCCAAUUCAUCAUCCUUCGCCCGCAAUUUUAUACUAAAUACUAAGUAAAACCUCCUUUAGUUAGUUUAACUUCCCUUCAAACCUUGUUUAGCCGAAGGUGUUGAAAGCUUCCCCACCUUUUGUCCGUUUUGUGAAUAGAAAGUUAAAUGAACGUAAGACAAAUCCAUUCAGUUAAAAAAAAAGAAAAUGGAUAUCGAACGUAUAUUUUUCCGAAAAGCAAUGCAAGUCUUCAAAGUAAAAAAAAAAGAAUUGUUUUUGAGUUUCAAACGCAAAACAAUCCAAAACCGAGCAACAUCGAACAUCUAACUUCCAAUAUUGAUGAGACAAACACACACACACACAACAGACCCAAUCAAUGGGGUGUUUAACAGUCGUACGUGUUCCAACAAUUGUUUUGUCCUGCGCUAGGUUGUAUAUGUGUAUGUAUUGGACAAAGGUUGCAAGAAGUAAAGAAUUAAAAAAUCCGGAAAUUUAGCUACAAUUAUAUUUGAGGAGAAUUUUCGAACGGUGAAAAAAGAAAAUUACAAACGAACGUAUAAAUUAGGCAAAUGAAAAAAAAAGAUUUCGGUUCGGCACGCUAUUAAGGCAACACACACAAGACAAAAAAAAAUCAGCAGCAAAAAAGAUCAAAGCAAAAAACUUAAACGAAAACUUAUGUGUACGAUAAAUCGGAACAAACAGCAGUAAAUAUUGCAAAAAAAAUGGAAAACAAGCACUUACCUUACACAAGCAGCAAAAAAAAAAACAUUAGCUAACCCCUCAUUUGUAUAAAAGAAAGAAAGAAAAACACAAUUAAAGCAGGAACAUGAAGAAGAAAAAAAGAUUGUAUAAGUGAAAAAAUGUUCUCUUUUUUUUAAAGUGGAAUCGAAAAAAAGAAAGGAAAAAUAUCAUAAAUAAAAAAUUGAA